AUGCAUUGGACUCGUCAACGCACCCUUCCACUUGCGAAUUUCAUGGUGCUCAACGCAAUCUAUCAUUCCCUUUCCAUUUUUCUGCUCCAUCAAAGACUCAUUUCUGAUGCCCGCCUCCGCUCAAAGACGCCUCGGCACUCCUGGGAAAAGUGCACAGCCGCAGGGCAGAUGACAUCUUCCAUUGCCCAGCCAUACAAAGCAGCAUAUGGCCUCAUCAAGGCACCGUACAUCAUGGGCUACAGCAUCUACGUCGCUGGGACUAUUCAAGUACGCAAUGUUGCUGGAGACGCGGCAGGCAAUUCCGACCAUAAACAACUCCUCGUCUCAACCAUCGACUACCUGGAUGACAUGUGCAAUGCAAAUGAAGGAGUCAAACGGCUACUUAUCAUCAUCAGACAGCGAAUGAAAGCCAACAAAAUCGAUCCUGGAUAUGACCCUCUCCCUAUAGCGCCAGCAGUCGAGACAUUCGACCUCGAGAUGAUCUUUAAUAUGUUUCCACUAGACCGGAAGUCCGGUGUCAAUGAUAUGAAUAAUAUGGCAAAUAUCGACUACUGCUUGGAUCCUUUAUUUGGCCUGAUGAAUUAUCCUUGCGAGGACUUCCCGAGCCCUAAACUUCUGAUGGAUGAUUCUAUGAUUUAG